AUGCUGGUGAUUGGCAGAGCUGAACUAACACCAUGCCUUCCAAUUUGUAGUCGAGAUGAGAGGAGGUGGAUAGAAAAACAGAACAGAGCAGCCAGAGCACUGAGGAAAAAAGAAGAGAUGAACAGGAUAAGGACAUUAGUUGACAAUGCAUACAGCUGUGAUCCUAGAAUAAAGAAAUUCAAGGAAGAAGAAAAGGCAAAGAAAGAAGCAGAAAAGAAAGCAAAGGUAGAAGCAAAACGAAAAGAACAGGAAGCAAAAGAAAGACAAAGACAAGCAGAAUUAGAAGCAGCACGGUUGGCUAAGGAGAAGGAAGAGGAAGAAGUUCGACAACAAGCAUUGCUGGCAAAAAAAGAAAAAGAUAUACAGAAAAAAGCAAUUAAGAAGGAAAGGCAAAAAUUGAGAACAACAUGCAAGAACUGGAAUUACUUUUCUGAUAAUGAGGCAGAGGGUGUUAAAAUGAUGGAAGAGGUGGAAAAGCUUUGUGAUCGUCUUGAACUAGCAAGUCUGCAAUGCUUGAAUGAAGCACUUACAUCCACGACAAGGGAAGGAGGAAAGGCUGCUGUAGAAAAACAGAUAGAAGAAAUAAAUGAACAGAUCAAGCAAGAAAGAGAAGAAGCAGAGGCUCGUUUGCGCCAGGCAACGAAGAGUUCAGAGAGAUCAACAAGCGGUGGCGGAGGUGGAAGUAAAAAUUGGUCAGAAGAUGACUUACAGUUAUUGAUUAAAGCUGUGAACCUCUUCCCCGCUGGGACUAACUCAAGGUGGGAAGUUAUUGCCAAUUAUAUGAACUUGCAUUCUACUACUGGAAUAAAACGAACAGCAAAAGAUGUCAUCAAUAAAGCAAAGAGCCUCCAGAAACUUGACCCUCAUCAAAAGGACGACAUAAACAAGAAAGCUUUUGAUAAGUUUAAGAAAGAGCACGGAGUGGUACCUCAGACAGAGAGUGCUGCACCUUCAGAGCGAUUUGAAGGACUAGUCACAGAUUCAGCCCCUUGGACUACAGAAGAGCAAAAACUUUUAGAACAGGCGUUGAAGACGUAUCCAGUAAAUACUCCUGAAAGAUGGGAAAAAAUAGCAGCUGCUGUCCCAGGCCGGUCAAAAAAAGACUGCAUGAAGCGCUAUAAGGUAGGAAAUACUGUUUUGUCUAUGGGGUUAGCCUGCUGCAAUAUCUAGUCUCCACAACUGCCAGAGCUGCUGUUUCUUCAA